GUUGGAGUAGUGGCUAAAUCAGCUGUCGCAUGAGGAAGUCAACAACAGCAUCCAGUGGGAGGAAUAAAGUUGCCUCAGAAUGUCUCUCUACAAGACGAGAGUGAAGGAGUUCGAGACCUUGCUGGCCAACGAUGUCAUUGACCUGAGAAGUCUCAAGGGGCUCUGCUUCAAUGGCAUCCCUGAUGGUGGUGGCUUCCGGGCACUCUGCUGGCGUUUACUGCUUGGCUACCUUGGUCCACACAAAUCCACCUGGACGCAGACGUUGCAGAAAAAGCGUCAACUCUAUCAGCAAUUUAUCGAUGAGAUGGUUGUCUCUCCUGGCACAUCAGGGGACUCCUCUUGCUCCGAUCAUCCACUCAGUGAUGGCCCAGAGAGUGCAUGGAGUACCUUCUUCAAGGAUAACGAGGUUCUUUUGCAGAUUGACAAGGAUGUCCGGAGACUCUGCCCGGAUAUCUCAUUCUUCCAGCAGGCAACGGAAUUCCCCUGCCAGGUGGUGGUGAAUAGCAAUGGGGAGCGAAGACUUCACUCCAGAGUGGCUCCAUCGAAGCUCUCCUCAGCCAAUGUUGAGGGGAAAAUGGGAAUGACAAAGAUCAAUCUCAUUACAAAACGUGCCCCGGAAAAUUAUGAAGCAAUGGAGGAGGGUCAGGAAGCGCACUGGGAAGUAGUUCAGAGGAUUCUCUUUAUUUUUGCAAAACUCAAUCCGGGAAUUGGGUAUGUGCAGGGCAUGAAUGAGAUUGUUGGACCAAUUUACUACGUCAUGGCGUCAGAUCCAAACAUUGUGUUCAGAGAAUUUGCCGAGGCGGAUUGCUUCUUCUGCUUCACAGCGCUGAUGGGGGAGAUUCGGGAUUUCUUCAUGAAGACACUGGAUGAGUCUGAGGGUGGGAUAAAGGCAAUGAUGAAUAAGAUGACAAAGUUGCUGGAGGUGAAGGAUCAGGAAGUGUGGCAGCGUUUGCGGGAUCAGGAGCUCUAUCCGCAGUACUACGGAUUCCGGUGGCUAACUCUUCUGCUUUCGCAGGAGUUCCCCCUUCCGGAUGUGGUCCGAAUCUGGGAUUCUGUGCUAUCGGAUGAGAAUCGUUUUGAAUUCCUCAUUCUCAUCUGUUGCGCCAUGAUCAUAUUACUUAGGGAGCAAAUUCUGGAGCAGGAUUUUGCAUGCAAUGUUAAACUACUUCAAAAUUUCCCCCCAAUGGACAUCAAUGUGGUCCUCCUCAAGGCAACAACACUCAAAUAGCUCCCUCCUCAUGGAGAAAAUUGUAUCCACGGAAAUGCAGGGAGCUUAUUAGGGAUCUGGAAAUCUCCAAAAGCGAAUAAUUUUCCAUUUUCUUUUUUUUACAAAGCAAUGCAUUUUGUAUAAAAAUUCUCUUUACAAGCCUGAGAAAAAGGCGAAUAGAAAUAAAAGUUUUUUCAUUAAAAA